AUGUCCAAGUCUACGUCUACCACUGUUCCUGCCAAGUUCUCCGGAUUCGCUGUCGAUAAGCCAGAAAACUGGAACAAAGCUAAAUUAGUCCAGUAUGAUCCCAAGCCUUUUAAACCUUAUGACAUAACCAUCAAGGUUAUCUGCUGUGGUGUUUGCGGAAGUGACUGUCACACUGUCUUAGGAUCGUGGGGUCCUUUGAACAGAGACGAUUUGGUAGUGGGACAUGAGAUUGUCGGAGAAGUUAUUGAAAUCGGUUCUGAAGUAACCAAUCAUAAACUCGGAGACAUUGUUGCUGUUGGUGCUCAAUCUGAUUCUUGUGGAGAAUGUGAACUUUGUGAGAACAACAACGAACAAUACUGCCGUGAUGGUAUUGCUGCUACUUACAAUUUUCCAAACAAGAGGUGUGGUGGAUAUGUCACUCAAGGUGGCUAUGCGUCUCACUUAAGAGUCAAUUCCUAUUUUGCUGCUAGUGUUCCUAAAAAUUUGGAUGUACAUUAUGCUGCUCCUUUACUCUGUGGUGGGUUGACUGUUUACUCUCCAAUUGUCCGUCACGGUGGCUAUGACUUGAAGGAUAAGAGAAUUGGAAUUGUUGGAAUUGGAGGUUUGGGCUCCAUGGCAAUUCAAAUCGCAAACGCAUUGGGAGCCAAGGAAGUAGUCGCCUUUUCAAGAACUUCUGACAAGAAAGAAGAUGCCCUCAAGUUAGGUGCUUCCAGGAUAAUUGCAACCAAGGAGGAUCCAGAUUGGAGUAAGUCCAAUGCGGCAACUUUCGACAUCAUUCUUAAUUGCGCCAGCUUUGGAAAGGGAGUCAACUUCGACUCAUUUUUUGGAGCUUUGAAGCUUGGCGGCAAGUAUGUUAAUGUUUCUGCACCUCCUCUGGAUGAACUUAUCAGUUUAAGUCCAAGGAAUUUGAUUUUCGGAGGUUUUUCGAUUGUUGGCUCUGUUAUUGGUUCCAUGAAGGAAGCAAAUGAGUUGUUGAAAUUGUACGCCGAUAACAACUUGGCUCCAUGGAUCGAAAAAGUGCCAAUAAGUGAAGAAGGAGUCCAUACUGUGAUGAAUCGAAUCAACGUCAGUGAUGUCAAGUACAGAUUUGUAUUGACUGACUACGACAAGGCCUUCAACAACUAGUUUUAUUUCAUAGUCAAUGAAUGUUUCAAGUUUAUACAAUAAACGUUCAAAGUGUAAGUUUGUUUGCUAAUAGAAAAAUCAAGCAUGAAGUUGAUUUAUCAAUGAAAAUAUAUACAUUUAGUUAAGUCAUUUUCAAGGAUAAACUCUUCUAUCUCCUCUCUAAAAUGGGUGCAAAAGACUUAUUGUACACUGGCUCUAAUACCGCUACAGAAAAUCUCACAGGAAGUACACCUCCAUGCAGUUGCAACAAGGCGGAUCUCCACAUUUUUUCGCACCCAAUCGGAAGCAAAUGUCGUAUUCCAGUGCGACAUUGCCCCGGCUUAUCUUCACCAAAGUGGAAUCAGUUUCAAGCUACUUCCACUCUU